AAGGCGGAUCCGGUCCGGGUUGGACUUUAGAGAAUCCCAAAAUGCUCCAAGGAUAAUUGGGCCAUCUGCUGAGAAGCGCUGGUACAACAGCAACAAAACCCUAGACUCCUUCAUCGCUGUUAUCCCCUCUUCCAUUCCCCGACUCAGCAAGAUGAAUGUUGAGAGGCUCCAAAAGAUGGCCGGUGCAGUCCGCACUGGCGGAAAGGGCAGCAUGCGUAGGAAGAAGAAGGCUGUUCACAAGACUACAACAACAGAUGAUAAGAGACUGCAGAGCACAUUGAAGAGGAUAGGUGUGAAUCCUAUUCCUGCCAUUGAAGAAGUCAACAUAUUUAAAGAUGAUUCUGUUAUCCAGUUUCAAAACCCAAAAGUGCAAGCUUCGAUUGCAGCAAAUACAUGGGUUGUUAGUGGCUCUCCACAAACAAAAAAGCUUCAAGAUUUGCUACCUUCAAUCCUCAGCCAUUUGGGUUCUGAUAAUUUGGACAACCUGAAGAGGCUUGCAGAGCAGUUCCAGAAGCACGCCCCAGCUGCUGCUGCAGCUGGUGCUACUGGCACUGGUGCAAACCACCAGGAAGAGGAUGAUGAUGAUGAUGUCCCAGAGCUCGUGCAUGGUGAGACAUUCGAAGAAGCUGCUGAUGAGAUCAAAGCACCAGCGGCUUAAAGAGCAUUUGUUAUUAUUGCAGAUUUAGAAUUUUGGAUCUAAGUUACAUUGUGUCCCUUGAGUUAUUCUUGCUUUUAUCACUGUUUUUUUUUUGACAUGCUUGAAAAGGGUGCAACUUGGUGUUUUAAUGAAUCUACCCAUCCAUUCUAUUUCUUGCAGCCAAUUGUUGUCAGAAACCCCCAUUAAUGAGGCUGAAUCCUACUAGUCAGUUUUUAUUGUGCA